UGCUUUGCCACUACCCAUUGGUAUAACAUGUACAAGUUUAGUGCCGACAGAAUACUAGAAUUUUUCGUUGGAUAUCCUAUUUAUAAACUAUUGUGAUAUUUAAACGAAACAUUUCUAACAAAGUUCUGGCAAAUUUUUUCAUUCCGAAAAAUUGGACCUCAUCUAUAUUUAGAAAGAUACGAAUUAUGAACUCAUGUACGCAGUCUUGUUUUUGAAAAAUCAAGAAAAUUAAAUUAAAGUGUUAAUUUAGAAAAAUUCAUAACAAAUGAAAAGCUGUUUUAUAUAAAUGAAGUGAAAUAGAAAAUUUUUAAGAAAAAUUUGUUUCCCGGAAAAAAAAGAAUAAAAUGUCGGUAGUUAAAAGUAUUGAGGGACUAACAGCUAAAAAUCAAUUACUCCUACUCUCGGCGGUGAAAAGCGGUGAUUCAACACUAUUACAUCAUCUAUUGGAUAAAGGCGUUUCAGUUCAUACCCAAUGUCCAAAGGGCUUCACACCACUUCAUUAUGCAGUAAUGUCACAAAAUACGGUGAAUAUCGAACUUCUUUUAAAGAAAGGUGCCUCAAUUUAUUUUCCCGAUCAAUCCGGUAAGACGGCUCUCGAUUUGGCUGUCGACAAUUAUUCCACAUCAAAAUGCGAACUAACACCAAAGAGUGCAAUACUAAUUCUUCUGUUGAGUUACACGCUACUUGACGAGGAGACAACAUCAACGUUCACAUUCCUAGCGGUUGAGAAGAAUGACGAGGAACUUUUGAAAUUCUUUUUGAAAAAAGACCCCGCUACUAGGAUUCAUUCGACAUUUCAGGAUAAUCGUUCGUUAUUGCACGUUGCCGCCGAAUCAAAUCAUCCACAAUUGAUUAAAGUUCUCCUGGAGCAUGGCGCCGAUAUUAAUGCGAAGACAUCUAAAGGCGAGACGGCACUUCAUCUAGCGGCAGCCGCCGGUAAUGUUGAGGUGGCAAAAAAAUUAAUCUACAGCGGACUUCCAAUUGAUUCAAUCGAUAAUAAUGGAAGUAUUCCACUUCACUAUGCAAUUAGAAAUAAUCGAAGAAGUGUUAUUUUACUGUUGACAAAUUUACCAAAAUCAUUGACUAGUCGUCUAAAUCAUGGCCUUACGUCCAAUCCUUCAUUACUACAUUACGCGGUUAUUAAAAACGAUGAGGAAUUUUUUAAUCUAGCUCUAAAAAAUAGUGGCGUUGAUUUAAACGCAAGAACAAAAGACGGCGAGACACCGUUACAUUUUGCGAUAAUUUACAAUCGUUUGAAAUUAAUUUACGAACUAGUGAAAAGAGGCGCGGACGUUAAUGCUCAAUCGUCGAAUGGCGAGACGCCUCUACAUUUCGCGGCCGCUUUAGGACAAGCGCAUUCGGUUGAAUUUUUAUUAAAACAAUCCGCUGAUGUUAAUGGUUUUACAACUUCGGGUUCAACACCACUUCAUUACGCACUCGACAGAGACAGAUGCAACGACAUUGUAGGUGGUUACAACAGACCUCUUUCAUUACUAGACGAUUUAAAACCCCGUUUUACAAUUAUAAAAACCCUACUCAAUAAUCAAGCGGUCGCUAAUUUUCGCGAUCAUUCCGGUAAAACACCCCUUCAUUACGCUAUGUCAAUGAACGUAUCCUCGAAAAAUAACAUAAAAUACCGAAUAGACACAAUUCGCUGUCUAGUUAAUCAUGGCGCCGACAUUAACGCUCUUUGUAAAAAAAAUUUCACUCCCAUGUUCUACGGCUUCGAUACAAUGGACGAGAAAAUGUUAUGGUGGCUUAUAAGAAGAGGCGCGAACGUCACUAACAAUCACAACAAUAUCGAUUCAUUCCUUUCCAAAGCGAUAAAAUUCAAAAAUAUCAAAAUGAUCGACGUACUAUUGGAAGCCGGUUGCAAAGUUAACGCCAGAAAUAUAUUCGAAGCAUCAUUCGUGAACGAAAUCGAUAAGAAUAAUUACUUUGAAAUUCUUGAGAUGCUCACUAAUCGAACUAAUGACGUUAAAGCGGUGGUGACAAAAAUUAGUCAAUUCAUCGAUUCUGAAUGGCAACUGAAAAUCAAUGAUAAGGAGGACAUCAUGAAUAAACUCUCCGCAAUUCUCAUACGAAGGGAAAUGCUUGGCGAGAUAAUAAUCAAACAAGAGGACUUUGAAUUAGACACCGCGCCCGAAUUAAAUUUACGCCACCGUCUAAAUGAAUGUAGGGAACAAAUUUUUAAGAUGAAAAAAAUUAACAUCACCGAUGAUGGUUUAACGCUCUACAAGGUUUUUAUGUCCUCAAUAAAUAAACUUUCCACUCAUGUACAAAAUCCGAAAUUAAAGACCUAUUUAUACUCCGAACAGUUUACCCUGAAUUUUCCGAAUUGUUCCAACUUGUUGCAGAGUCGUUUCAAAAAGGCUCGAAUUAAGAAAAUUUUACUUGAUUUCAGUUCUGAAUCACUAUUGAACUUGGUUAGUAAGGGACUUAAAGUUAAAUUAUCACCAUCGACGGGACAUCAGAUUGUAAAAUAUUUAGGAAUGGUUGAUUUAACGCAUUUAAUGCAAUUUCGAUGCGCGCAAGGAACGUUGUCAUGCCCGACGGCAAAAAUAAUUAUUAAAAACUAAAUUAUUUCUCUAUUCGUAAAACUUUCGGAUUGAAGUCGUGUCGAAACUACAAGAAUAAAUUUGAAAUUUUAAGAUAUAAUUUUUACUCUUAUGAAAAAAAAGUAAAGAACAAAUUCCUCAAAAAAAGUAUUUUUCAACCAAAUUUAUAUUAAGUUCUAAAUUAUCAAAAAACUAUGAAAUGUACAUAAUUGGAAAGUAUUUAAAAUAUAAAUGAUUAUUAAUUGAACCGCCGGCGACCAAAAGGUACGCAAGGUUUUCGCGUAUGCGCUUUUGGUCGUAGGCGGUUCAAUUACAAAAUUUUAUUUAAGCAUCAAGGACAUAAUAUUAGAAUAAGAAAAAUAAUUCUUGUAUUUAUAAAAUUGAUUUUAUAAAUAUAAUAUGGAUUUUAUAAAUAGACAAAAGAGUUUGUCAAAUAGAAACUAAAAUUGUGGGACAUUUCAAAAUAUUUUUUCUUUAAGACACUUUUGUGAAGUUAUUUUUAUAAAAAAAUUACAUACAUGAGAUUAUAUAUAUAUAUUAAGAUUGUUAUUCAGUGGUCACGUGUUUGCUUUAUUAUUAUAAACACUUGACCACUGAAUUGAUCUUAAAUUCUUGACAGAACUAAUGUAGAUAUAAUAACAAAUUUUUAUUUCACGGAAUGAUGAACAUGAGAAAAAAUUGUAAAUAAUUUACAAUGUUAAAAUUGUUUAUAGAUAUAUUAAUAGUGUAUGAUAAGAAUAAAUGAAUCUUUCAUAUAAAAACCAAUUUAUUGCGAAAAAAAACAAAA